AAAUGCAAGAGAAGAAAUGCGGAUUUUCAAAUAUGUUCAUUCGUCUCGGGUUUUGCUUUCUCCUCUGCAUUUAUAAAGCCAGACUAAUAUUUCCAAUUAGUUUCUAUAUCUACAAUGUGGAAAUAAACAGUAUCAAAUAUUUGCUCUUGGCUCUUUCAAAGAAAGGGCAAGGAGAAUCACAAGCACACUGGAUGAACAUUAACCAGCUUUGAUAAUGGGACUGACCUCUGAGAACAUCUCUGACUGCUUCAACUGCACCCAGACUGUGGAGCAAGUAAAUAUUUCCAAGGCCAUAUUAUUAGGAAUCAUCUUUGGAGGGCUGAUUGUUUUUGGGGUCCUGGGCAACAUUGUGGUGAUCCUUUCAGUAGCUUGUCACAAACAUCUGCAAAGUGUAACCCAUUACUACAUUAUCAACUUGGCUGUGGCUGAUCUCCUCUUGACUUCUACUGUUCUCCCCUUUUCUGCUAUUUUGGACAUCCUGGGCUACUGGGCUUUUGGAAGGAUCUUCUGCAACCUCUGGGCAGCUGUUGAUGUUCUGUGCUGCACAGCUUCCAUCAUGAGCCUUUGUGUCAUCUCUAUAGACCGAUAUAUUGGAGUGAGCUACCCACUGAGAUACCCAGCCAUAGUGACCGAAAAAAGAGGCCUCUUGGCUCUGUUGUGUGUGUGGACAUUAUCACUUGUGAUAUCCAUAGCUCCCCUCUUUGGCUGGAGACAACCAGCUCCAGAAGAUGAAAAAAACUGCCAGAUCAACACUGACCCAAGUUACGUCUUAUUUUCUUCUCUUGGGUCCUUUUAUCUCCCCCUGAUCAUCAUACUGGUGAUGUAUUGCCGGGUAUACGUGGUAGCCAGAAGGGAAAGUAAAGGAUUGUCAUGUGGUCUUAAGACUGAGAAGUCCCAUUCAGAAGAAGUGACUCUCCGCAUCCACCGCAAGAACAACACUGAAGCUGCAGGAACUACCUCUACCACCAAGCAGAAGUCCAAUUUUUCUGUAAGGCUUCUAAAGUUCUCUCGGGAGAAGAAAGCAGCCAAAAGCUUGGGAAUAGUUGUGGGAUGUUUCAUCCUGUGUUGGCUUCCUUUCUUUUUAAUCAUGCCAAUUGGUUCUUUCUUUCCUGACAGCAAGCCCUCUGAAACCAUUUUUAAAAUUGCCUUUUGGCUUGGGUAUCUAAACAGCUGCAUCAACCCCAUCAUUUACCCUUGUUCGAGUCAAGAGUUUAAAAAAGCAUUCCAAAAUGUCCUAAGAGCCCAGUGUCUCCACAAGAGGUAUUCCUCCAACAAAUACUCCCUGAGCUUCACCCUCAAUCACCCAAGCAACCAUGUUGCUGAAGCUCCCAAAGAUAUUGUCCGUAUACCUGUUGGCUCUGGAGAACACUUCUAUAAGAUUUCCAAAUCAGAUGGCGUGUGUGAAUGGAAACUUUUUUCAGCCAUGCAAAGCAUGUCAACCAAGAGCAAUGCUCCGAAAGAAAGGUCCAGCUGUUCUACAGCCAAAGUGAAGAGUAAAGGUUUUCUGAGAGAGUGCUGCUGUGCAAACACAUCAGGAGAAAACCCAAAGGACCAGCAAAUACCCACCAUUAAAAUACAUACAGUCUCCAUCAGUGAAAAUGGAGAAGAUGUUUAAAAACCUUCCAUCAUUUUGAUGGGAGUUCUACAGGUUUACAGUGUGUUUUCAUGGUUUUCUGUGCUGGCGGGUUGAACACAAAAGCUCUGCAUCUUCAAUGGGUCACAACAGGAGAGCAAAUGAAGUUCAGAUCAGGUCAACCUCUGUAGAGAUGGAAACCAUGAGAAGGCUUCCAUCCAUGCUAUCCCAUUGGAUUCUAUGGGAAGUAGAACGGGGGCCCUGUGGGGCUGGAUGCCUUUGAAUUAUCCAGAUUUCAUUUCUUAUUCUUUUAAAGGUUUCAUUAUAUCCUGUUAUUUUAAUUCAAAUUAUCUAGCCUUUCUUUUUGUAAUUAUCAGCGGCGUAAAAACAUUCUUGUAAUAUAUCCUACAAUAGAGAACCAUUAAUAUAUGUUCUAGCUUUCAUUGCAAGUGCUUUUUUUUUUAGUUGUCAGCUUUUUUAUUGUGGAAUAACUCUGCAUUGUGAAGAUAAAUUUGACAAGGCUGCAGUGUAAGCUAAUAGAGAAAUUUGAGAGGGAGGGAUAUGACAUGAAGGUUCUUAACUUGACCCUUACCUUUUUAUUAAUGGAAUGAUUGUGGUCCUGUGAAAUUGUGAGUACCAUAAAGACUCAAUUGAUGCAAUGGGAGCUUAUAUCUAAGCCAUGACUCCAAUUUUUACUUUUUAAUAUUUGAAGGUAACUGUCUUUCCCCAAUAGGAUUAGCUAUACUGCUAAGUUGUAUUGACUUAAUGCCAAUUUAAUUUAUGCCUUCCCAUCAAGAAUGCUGAGAAUUAUAAUGCAUUUUGAGUGUUCAAAUUUUUCUUUUUCUAGUCUAUUUCUUAGACUCAAUAAAGUAACUUUGGGAAAAGAGGAUUGCUAUUAAAUUUUUUAAUAUUUGUAGUAUAGCUAGGGCACAGAGCUUUCUUUCAAUUGACUUUAGCUAAAUUAAAUUGCUUUUCUUGAGAUUACCAAACCAUAAAUCAAUCCUCUACAAAUUGGAUGAAAACAUUCAUCUGUCAGUUACUUAUUUUCAAUGAGAUAUUUUCUUCAUGAGUAUAGGAAUGUUUCUUUCUCGUUAAUCCAGAUUAUUUGAAUUUGGUUUAUAGUUCUAAACCAACCAGGAAAUUAUGGCAAAGCAAAGUUCUGAAUGUUUUCAGUUUAUGAAUGGACCCCAGUACAAUAAAAUCUCAUUGUCUUCUACUCAUUUCAGCAUUGGAAAAUUAUCCUCAUUCAUAAAGAGUUAUGUAUAAUAUUCCUCAACACUCAUGAGAAAUCCUCAAUUUAUGGGAAACUCUUGGCAGGCUCAUGUAUUUAUAUUUCACACAUUGUCUCCUGGAAAAUCAAGUGAUGAGUGAACAGGUAAUGGGACCAUUAGUAACUAAAACAGAGUGAAUUGGAUCUAGGCAAAUUUAAUAACAGACUACAUUCAGAUACUACAUUAAGCCAUGCAGUGGGAUGUUUAGGCUUCAACUUAAGGUGUUGCUUAAACCCAGACAUGGCUUAGGGAAUUAUAUGAGCCUAGACAUAUACAUACAUAAAAAGGGGGAUUUAUUUUAACCAUUACUAACUUGGGAGCAACAUGUUUUGAUGGGAAGAAACAAAAAAUAACACAGCAAUUCUUACCAGCAGUCUAAAACAAUAAUAUAUAGUUCAGGAUAACAGAGUUUGAAGAACAUGAGAGAUCUUCUAGUCCAACCCCCUACUCAAGCAAGAGACCCAAUACCCUUCCAGACAACUGACUGUCCAGUCUCUUCUUAAAAGCUUCCAACUUCUAAAGGCAAGCAUUUCCACUAGAUAUAGUAAUUGUUCCAAUUGUUAGGUGGUUUCUCCUUGUUCUAGGUUGGUUCUCUCCUUGAUUAGGAUAUUUCUGGAUUCUUAGAACUUUAGGACAAUAUAACAAAUGACACAGGAUUGCAAAAUGCAAUCCAAAUUAAUCUAAAUCCAGCCAAACUAUUUUUAAUGAAAUUAUUCAGACUGCCAGGAUUAUUCAAGGAAAAAUAAAGCAUAGAUGAAUUGUCCUAUGUGUGUUAUCUGUGUACAUGCAAGACUGAGGCUGUUGUGUCCUAUUAUUUGGAAUUGCUAAAUCAUUAUUUUGUGUGUGUGGUGACAUCAAUUUAUUAUCGAUUAAUGUUAAUCCAAGAUCCAGGGAAGUCAAAGAAUGUUCUCAUUUCUCAGCAAUUUUCUAUUGCUGUAGUGUCAAAGGAUUUCACGAAAUAACUUACCCAAAAUAAUCACAAGUGUAAUAGGAAUUAGCUUGCUGUCCUUUCUGCUACAGCCUCAUGCUCCAGUUCUGCUCUAGGUUAUACACCAACUCUCAAGAGGAGACAAAAUGGUACAAUUUUUUUUAAAAAAGGAGACAUCCUGUCCACCAGAAGUAUCAACUAAAAAGGAAGUUCAUGUCUUUAAGUGUCUCUCAGGAAGUAGCUAUUGUAAAAAUUUCCCAGGACAAACUGGAAUUGACUGAGUGGUAAUGUUCACAUGGGAUACUUACUCAUGAAAUAUUACAUUCCUUUUUUUAAUUUAUUUUUUUUUAUUAUUUAUUUUUUCUGCACAGUUCUUCUGUUUAUACUGAUCUCCUGCAAACCAAGCAGAAAAUA